GAUUUUGCUGUACAGUGUAGCUCACAGCACAAGAAAUACCACGUGAAAAUGGCAAACCCGUUAAUCGAUUAAGUCCAGGGUUUUUGUUUUUAAAUAAAUAUACGUUUUAUUCACGUUUUUUGUUUGUUUUUAUAGCUACUUGUGGCUUGUUGAACAAGCAGAUAAUUGAUGCGACGAAGUCGUGUAUAGUUGUUUUAACUGGAUUUACUUGUAGCAAUGGACUGUAGUUAAACAGAUUUUUUUCAACAAAUAUCUGUUAAAACACGCAUAAAUCGUUCUGCGUUUGUGAUACAUUUAAUAAUUUUGGUUCGUCCAAUACGGUAUUUACGGUAGAUUGAUGUUGAUGGGAGGGGUUAAGAAAGCUCAAUAUUGUACAGAUUGUCACUGAGCCCCGAGAGGUAGUUUUGCAGCGGACCAGUUACAUCGAACAGGUCUGUGAGUGUGUUUCCUCAUCCUCUGUGCUGAACUGAAAGUCUCAUCUCCUAUACAAGGUGCGAAUUACAGUCUACAUCUCUUUUCCCACUGACUCGUCUGUGCGCUGAAUCUCUGAGGGACGGAAGUCUUUGCCUGAACAGCCCAGCGUUCACCUCCGGGAGCUCCAGCCCACCUUGUCAGUAAGGAGAGAACCCGGCCCCCCUUCCCCCGGUCACCAUGGCAGAUGGUCGGCAGCCUGAGGACAGUGUACCGCACUGGGGCCCUCCAGGGGCCCAGGACCCCGUGCCCCCUGCUGGCCACAGUGAGAACGGCUUCUCCUCUUACAGGGCCUGCCAGCCGGGCGGGGCCAACCCGGUCACCGCGCCCUACUCUGCGGCCAAAGAAAACGGCUUCAAUGGCGACCUGGCUGGCGGGGAUGCAGUGACAGCAGAGCAAGUGUCUGCACGGAUCGUGCAAGAGGUGACAGCCGAGGCAGUGGCUGUACUGAAGGGGGAGCAGGAGCCUCGCCAGGACACCGCUAAGAGGCUUCCCUCAGUCGAGGACUCCACCAACUUGCCCCCAUCUCCUCCCCCCUCUCCCGCCGCUGAGCACUUCGCCCCCCUGGAGCCAGACGUAGAGGGUGAGGAGAAGGCAGUCCCUCUCCGACGCUUCCAAAAUUCUCGGGAGAGGUGCAAGUUCCUCGCCCCCUCCAUCUCGGUGUCUGUGCCCGACGAUGACCCCUCCCACUCUGACGAGGAGUACUAUGAGCACCCUUUGUUCAGCCCAGAGUGGAGUCGGCACGGUUCUCGCCCGUCGGGGCAAGCCGUCCCGAUUAGACAGAUCGAAGAAGAGACCAUAGAGGCUAUUACAGCUGCUGACGAGGAAGAGGAGAUAACAGCGGAUGCAGCAGCUCUUGAGAAGCAAGAGCAGCAGAGCAGUGGGGAGGAGUCUGAGCAGGGGCCUGAGGAGGAGCACUUAGGGCAGGCAGAGAUCUUAGGCGAGGCCCAGGGCCAGCCUUGUCUGCAGGCCGAGACAGCUAACGUGCCUGCAGAAGCCCCGAACGGAACGGGCCACAAGGCCCUGUUGGAAACGUGUGAUCAGGAAGCCCUGAAGAUGGAGGUGGGGAGGCCGAGCAGUGAGCAGGCCCCUCCCACUAGCCCAGACGUCCUUGGACCGGGCCAGUGGUCCAUGGCCCAAAGCGCCACAUUCCUCUCACCGGAUUUAGCUGCGGAUAUGGAGGACCAAACUGCUCCCAGGACCACCGCUGAGAAGCAGCCCUCUGUGGAGGUGCUGGAGACUAGCAGUCUCAUUACCACACCUGGCUGCUAUGCAGAUCGCCAAGAUGAUGGUGAAAUCGGAAUGUAUGGGAAGCCAGUGCUGCCUAGGGGGCAGGGUAGUGAGGAGUUGAAAGCAGCCUGCCAGACUGCACCCUCAAAUAGCAAAGGAAAGGAAGAGAGUCCUGCUGCGGGGGGGCAGAAGCUGCACUCAGACAUUGUCGAUCUAUCGGCCACUGUGGACAAAUCUGGAAUGUCUGCUUACUUUGAGACCUCAGCUCUGAAGGAAGAUGAAAGGGGGAUCCAAAGUGAAGGCUACUACGAGCUGAGUGAUGCCAGACAGAGGACCUUGGAGGGUGGUCCCCCACCUGCUGAAAUCAGCUACAGCACCUUGGCUCAGACACAGUCCCUGGAGGACACAACCGAGGUCAGGAGGAGCCCGGCAGAUGAGCUACAUGCUCUCCCGCAUGCGGAGAGAAAUGAUGACUUCAGGCUGUCACCAGGGAAGCUAUCACUGGAGCAGAGGAGCUAUUCGCUUAACAUUCCCAUUGGGUCCACGAGUCAGGGUGCCAGCCAGGGCAGAGGGCCCAGGAACUUCUCCCCGCUGGCCACUGACAUUUUGUCAUUCACCAGCCAGGAGGGUCUGGAGUCCACCGACUACCUUCCAGUCACAACUCCUUGUGUGGAGAAGCAGCCUGCAUUCCCACCCCUGAUCGUGGAGACUGCCGUCUCGGUCUCUACCCCACCAUCCUCACCACCUGGUACAGCAACCAGCGCAAAGUCUAGCCCUGAGAUGGAGUCACCAGAGUCACCGGUGCCCGCAAAGUCUUAUUGCAAGAACGGCACAGUAAUGGCACCUGACCUCCCUGAGAUGCUGGACCUGGCUGGUACCCGGUCGAGGCUGGCAUCUGAUUGUACUGACCCGGAGGCUGUGAGGAGGAAGUCUGUUCCCUUUGACGUCCCCACCUUCACGGCAGAGUCCCUAGCUCAGAUGGGCCUGGUGGACAAAGGUCAGAAGGUGGCAAAGAGUGAGAGCCAGCUUGAGGACCUUGGGUACUGCGUCUUCAAUGAGUACUCUGGCCCAAUGCCCUCGCCUGCUGACGUCCAGAGCCCAAUGCAGUCCCCUCACCAAAUAUUUCCCAUCAUGUUGUCAGAGGAGGGGUCGGAUAUGGGGCCUACGGGGUUGCAGGCACAAAAUGUGGGGGUGGAAGGACAAGAAGCUGAGCUGGUGGCAAAAGCCAUCCCCCAAUUUGAAAAUGUAAAGGCUGGGGUGACUGGUGACAUCAAAGAGCAGAUCAUCCCUAAGACAGAUAGCCCAUGGCCCUCCAAAGACUCCCCAUCUCUCCUGUCAGUCACAUCUGGCCAAGAGCCCCUUUUUCCACCAAAGGUGACUGUCACCCUUGAGGUGACAAAGUCAGAGCAGGAGACGGAGGCAGAGGAGGAAAUGGCUGCUUAUGAGCGGAAAAUCCGCAAGCUGGAGACAGAGAACAGGCCACUGAGCAUGGAGGAGGAGCGCGAGCUGCGGGAGCUGAGGGAGAAGGUGAAGGACAAACCAGACCUGGUGCACCAGGAGGCCUAUGAGGAGGUGGAUGCAGAGGACGUGUACCAGCUUACUGGAGUGGCUAAAGAUAGAAUUGCUCGCCCAAUCAGACCAUCGCCAGCCUCGUCGGUGGAGAGCACCACAGAGGAAGAGAGGGCUGGCAUUCAUGAACCAGAAAAGCCCCAGCAGGAGGAUUUAGUCACACCAAAAGCUGCUGUCAAGACCUCUGACGAGAAACCCCCAAAGGUUGUCACCAAGCCAUUCACCACGGCAGUCCAAGGAGGGUCUACAGAGGAUGAGGAGGAGCAUGUGAAACUGGCUGAGGAGCUGGAGGUUGUCAUGGAGGAUAUCAAAGCACCGGUGAAGAAUGAGCAAAGGCUCACAGAGGAGAAGGAGAAGGAAGAAGGGGCGAGAGCAGCCACCGAUGAACCCGUGGAGCCCCGUGCUGCCAUCGAGUCAGUUGUUACCGUUGAGGAUGACUUUAUCACUGUGGUGCAGACUAUUGAUGAGGGGGAGCAGCCGGGACACAGCGUCCGCUUCUCAGCUCCGCCUGAGGUAGACCAGUCACAGGUGCCCCCGGAUGAAGAGGAAGAGGAGGAGUCUGUUGAGAUGGCACAGGAAGCAGAGAUAGAGGCAGGCAGUUUAGAGGAGAUCUUGGAUAUUCCAGAAACCCCUGUGGCCCCUGCAGCCCCUGUCUUGCCUGCAACAGCAUUGGCACCUGAAAGCGAGCCCCGCACAGAGACUUACGAUGAUUACAAAGAUGAGACCACCAUUGACGACUCCAUCUUAGACACAGACAGCGCCUGGAUGGACACUCAAGAUGAUGAGAGGAGCAUCAUGACAGAAAAAAUUGAGCCCCUCCCAAAAACACAGAGUCCCAUCAAAAAGCGGCCCCAUCAGAGUCCCAUGAAAAAGCUGCCUGCGGAAAAGGACAAGCGGGUGAAGGAUAAGCAAAAGACUGCGGGGCGAGCAAAGGGUCGGGUCUCCACCCCCGAACGCAGACCCACCCGGAAGGACCCCAGCUCCACCCCCAGAGAGGAAAUCAAGAAGAAAAAAGGUUUUUUCUUCAGUGCUGUGAUUAAGAAGGCUGAAUUUACUAAAACAGCAGAAAUUCAGACGCGCUCUCCCUCCCGGAAAAGCGUUUUAAAGCCUGCGGCCAGGCAGCCCAGGCCCGCCCAGCUCCACGGCUGUGCGAAACGGAAGCCCACAGCUGUUCCUGAAGGCCGGCAGCCCCUCAGUGUGGCCCGUCAGUCUCGGGACAGGACUGCAAGCCCCGCCCACUCCACAUUAACAAAGAUCCCCACCUCUAAAGUUCGGGCCGUGGCCCUACAGCCCCCCCGCCCAAGCUCUGCCUGCUCUCUUCCUAAAAGGAGCCCUCUGGUGGACGCAGAGGUCUGGGGGCCCCGCCCCUCCUCUGCCGGCCCCCACGACUCCCCCACUCAGAGGCUCAUAGACAAGGAUGGAAGCUCGCGGAGCCCUGAGAAGAGGUCCUCCCUGCCCCGCCCUGCCUCCAUCUUGACGCGCCGAGCUCACCCUGCGGAACAUGAUGAGACCUCCACCUCCAUCACCAGCUCCGGCUCCACUGCCCCUCGACGCCCCACCUCGUUUCGUACUGAGGGCAGGUCAGAGCGCAGGUCCAGGCGCACCCCCAGUAUGACAGGCAUAGAAUCGGCCCGAUCCCGCUCGGCCUCCACGCCCCACGCGCCCGGGUCCGCCCCCAUCACCCCCGGGACCCCGCCCAGCUACUCCUGCCGCACCCCCGGCACGCCUGGCACGCCCAGGUCCCUGAGCCUGCUGUCUCAGGAGAGGAAGGUGGCCGUCAUCCGCACGCCGCCCAAGUCGCCUGCCUCCGCGUCCAAACAGCUGCGCGUGCUCAACCAGCCGCUGCCUGACCUCAAGAACGUCAAGUCCAAGAUCGGCUCCAUCGACAACAUCAAGUACCAGCCCAAAGGGGGCCAGAUUCAGAUUUUAAACAAGAAGCUGGACUUCAGUCACGUACAGUCAAAGUGUGGCUCCAAGGAUAACCUGAAGCACUCUCCCCGUGGAGGCAAUGUUCUAAUUCCAAGUGUAAAACUGGACUUUAGCCACAUCCAGUCUAAGUGUGGCUCCCUGGACAAAAAGCAGCACUCAGCAGGAGGUGGAAACGUGCAAAUCCAAACAAAGAAGAUUGAUCUGAGUCACGUGACCUCCAAAUGUGGAUCUUUGGACAACAUCCGCCAUCGACCAGGUGGUGGACAUGUGCGCAUAGAGAAUGUGAAGCUGGAGUUCAAAGAUAAAGCCCAGGCCAAGGUGGGCUCCCUGGAUAACGCCCACCAUACCCCAGGGGGCGGGAGCGUGCAGAUUGAGAGCCACAAGCUUCCGUUCCGGGACACGGCGAAGGCGCGCGUGGACCACGGGGCGGAGAUCGUGACCCGGUCACCGAGUGGUCUCACCCCUCCGCACUUCAGCAACAUGUCGUCCUCGGGCAGCAUCAACCUGCUGGAGUCUCCGCAGCUCGCGACGCUGGCCGAGGACGUCACCGCCGCACUGGCCAAGCAGGGCUUGUGAGUGCCUGGCCCCCCCCACCUUCCCCAGGGCCUGGCCACACCCCCACCUCGCCCAGCCCUCCCGUCACUCCCCCUCUGCAGCACAGCAGCAGGCUGGAGCCUGCUGGCAUUGUGAACGAGGGACACCCCCAGCUCCUCGACUCCAAUUGAAAAAUAUUAUUAAAAAAACCUCGAACUGUAGUGACUGCAUCUGGGAUAUAACAGAAAAAUGUUUUUUUUUCUUUUUUGUGUUGGUUUUAAUCACAUUCAGAGGAGGUAGUCUGUAAUUACUUUAUUUGUUUUUUUCCCCCCUCUGUUAAACAGUAUGUAUGAUCUUGGUGAACGGUUCCCACCCACCACUGGUCCUGGGUCAUUUUGGCAUGAUUAUUCAGUUGGAAAAUGCUUGAGGUUUUGGAUUAGGGACUGGUAAUCUGGUCCUGGAGGUCAGUGUUUUAAUCCCUACCAACCUCAGAGCCUUUUCUACGAAAGUAAGGGCAGAAUUUCAACAUUCCACUCAAGACAUGAUUUUCUGCCUCCGUCAAUGCAUGAAUACCAGCUACAAACACGCAUCAGCGGUAAAUCAUGCAAAUCCAACAUUGCAUAUAUAUGUCUAUAUAUAUAUAUAUCUAUAUAUAUAUAUACAGACACACAUAUGCACCAGAUCAAUUUUCAACAUAAAUUACUCAGCCAUUUUUAAAAAAAGGGAUGACAUCUACUAUAAUAACUUCUUCUACCUGUAAUAUUGCAUUAUUGCAAGAAUAAACUAUGGUAUGAUGAGCAUGUAUCAAUUUUAGUGCAAAAAAAGGUUAUUUUCUAUUUUAAACAAAGGUUUUAGUAAGUUAUUUCCAGAAUUAUUGGGAAAAAAAUGAGUACUUCAUGUUUUGUAGAAUAGUAAUUAUGUCAUGCUUCCCCGAUGGCUGCAUUUGCAGAGCUCCCGGGUCCAUAUUAAACCAUGCCUCAUGGGGGUGCUAGAAGGCUAGCUAGCUAGCUUUCACAAAGAGCAGGACUCGUUUUUAGGAUGUGAAUUGACCGUCAAGGCAACAAGAACCCUCAGACUCUGUGAACACACAUGGUAAGGCGGAUGAUGAUGGAAUGCAUUUAGAUAGCACCAUGCACAAUAUAACAACACAUUACAGAGCAAGAGGAAGCUCACCUCCACCAAUCCAGUGUUUAUCAGCCAUCUGAGUGAUACACAGCUGCCAUUUGGCAGCAGAACACUCUCACCUCCCACAAUAGCUUAUAGCUGAGGUGGUGAGAGAGGGAAACAAAGCAAUGAAUUUGAAUGUUUUCCACAUUUGGUGUGGAUUCACCUCCUGCAUGAAGGCCAGAUGGACAUGCCAUCAUGUGACUUAGACCCCCCCCUCCCCCCAUGACAACAUGGUCAUAGACAACCCACUGGACCCGGAGAGGCCUAGGGCUUGCAGUCAUCAGAGAAGCUACCUCAACAGAAUUACGGUUAUUAUUUAAGACUUUUCAAUUUAGGGAGCAGCUAUUUUUGGACACAUGACUCUGUGUUCCAGACCUCGGUCUAUUCAAGUUACAUUAGGAUUCUAGUAGUUUUGUUUUGUGUAAAAAUAAAUAAAAAAAGAAAAAAAGGAAAAAUGUUAUUGAAAAAGAAAGGAGAAUCUCAUUCAUCUUGCAUCUGUUUGAUAGUGUUAUAGUAUAUUUUUCUCUGUUGCCAUUUGUGCUCCCCUCUGCUGGAAACCCCUGAUGUUUGUUCCGCUUCUGUGUUUCUUCAGCAAGACUCCUAUCCCCUCUGCCAGUGUUAAUGUACUUAUGAGGUCAUGUAGAUGUAUGCAGUUUUCCCUCCUCUUGAAAUAGUACUGAUAAUCAAAUGCUCUUAAUAAUGACAAUAAAAGAACUCAUUAGCAUGAAGUGUU